ACUGGUGCUAGUGCUUCGGGAACUGAAAAGUCUCAGCCAGGUGACAUGACUCUGCGACCAUCAUUCCGUUCUAGGGGUAACCCCUCUAAAGCUGCCAGUGCUUCUCGUGGAAGCGACAGGAACCAAGGAGGAUCGUUCCUUAUCUCAAUGAAGGAAGUUUUGGACGACGGAGGAUCCAAACCUGUUGUCGAGACUACUCCAACUGAGGUUGUAGCUCAGGAUGCUGCUCCUCUCCCUGAGGUCCAGGUGCCGGAGGCUGACUACCAGGCUCCGAAGGGUACCUCUGAGGUCGAGCCGUCGAGACACAAGAGGCCCAGGACCGAUCAGGGCGGAGCUCCCACCCGUUCUUCUUCCUCGUCCUCUAGAGGAGGGACUGUUGGGUGGAGCUUUACCCAUUCGAAGCCUGGGUCGAUCCUGGACGACUCUUGGGGCCUAGCUGCGAUAAUGAGGCACCUGAAGAGCGUGGGAUGUCCCCUUCCAGCGCUCAAGGACCUGACUAACCGAGAUGAGUAUCUCGAUAUUGCUCACUGUAUGGGUCAGUUGGCUGGGGCUGUUAACAGGGUUUCUUUGGUUUGA